GUGUCGCAGUUAGUUUCCUCCGUCUGGAGCUCCAACUGAAGGUAAUGUAGUGGACCUUUCUGGUAGUUUAGUCUGAGAGCAGAAAGCUGCAGAGAAACUAACACAACUCGGACUGGGGACUCAAACUGUCCAACUGACCAAAGAUCAGCCGCCAUUAGGCUGGAUUUCUGGGAGAGGAACCAGAGACCGAGUGACGAUGAGAGGCUGAGUUAAGCAGCAUGGAUCAGUGUGAGGAGAGAGGAACCACUCUGUGUGGAGAACAGGACCGCCAGACCAAAGCUCAGAGGAGAAAUAUGGAAGAACCAGAACCCAGCUGUGUGUCCAUGAAGAGUGACCGGUCUAGGGAUUUGUCUAUAAACUUCAAAGAUGGACGUAACUCUGUUGAUCCAAGGCUGAGUGGCUGUAACCUGUCAGAGAGAAGCUGUGAAGCUCUGUCGUCAGUUCUCAGCUUCCAGUCCUCUAGUCUGAGAGAGCUGGAACUGAGUAACAACAACCUGAUGGAUUCAGGAGGGAAGCUGCUGUUUGCUGGACUUCAGAGUCCACACUGUAAACUGGAGACUCUCAGGCUGAGUUGCUGUAACCUGUCAGAGAGAAACUGUGCUCUUUCCUCAGUUUUUACCUCUGAGUCCUCUAGUCUGAGAGAGCUGGACCUGAGUAACAACAACCUGCAGGAUUCAGGAGGGAAGCUGCUGUCGGCUGGGCUUCAGAGUCCAUACUGUAAACUGGAGACUCUCAGGCUGAGUGUCUGUAACCUGUCAGAGAGAAGCUGUGAAGCUCUGCCCACAGUUCUCAGCUGUGAGUCCUCUAGUCUGAGAGAGCUGGACCUGAGUAACAACAACCUGCAGGAUUCAGGAGGGAAGCUGCUGUCGGCUGGACUAAAGAGACCACACUGUAAACUGGAUACUCUCAGUCUGUCAGGCUGUCUGAUCUCAGAGGAAGGCUGUUCUUCUCUGGUCUCAGCUCUGAGAUCCAACCCAUCCCAUAUGAGAGUGCUGGACCUGAGCUACAAUCAUCCAGGAGACUCAGGAGUGAAGCUGCUUUUGUCUGGACUUAAGGAUCCACUCUGGAGACAUCUCGUUGUUAAAGAUGGCUGCAGUUUGGACAGAUAUCUGCCAUUUAAAUAAACUGUCUUUCAUUUGUU